AUUUCAAACUGCCAUUGCCCUUUUCAGAAGAAUCAUUAUACAAACAAAAUCACAUAUAAAAAGCCCCAAAUUCUUGUUCUUCCACUCAAUUUCUUCCAUUCUGUUUCCCUCCAUUACCAUUCUUCUUUAGCUCAGUUGAAACUUGAAACAAUCAAUUACAUCUCCACUGUCUUCUCCCCACGCCUCCCUGAAAAAAAUUGCAGUCUUGAGCACUCUCCCCACUUCCAAACCCAUGCGCAUUUCACUUUUCUGUCUAUAAACUCUCCCCACUUUCUUCAGUACAGAAUCAAUGGGUUCCUUCUUCAAGAAUCCUUCAAAUACCUUUCUCUCAACUCAGCUUCCCCACCCCAAAAUGCUAACUUUCUUGGAAAGUAGCUAGCCAAGUAGCCAGAUCUCAAAAAAAAAAAAAAAGCUCCGGGCUUUGAAGGUGAAGCUUUGGGGAAGCAAAGUGGGAAAUGGUGGCGGAGCCUUGGCUGUUGAGGAUGAGGAAUCAGGUGAGUAAUAACGUUAAGCAUGCUUUGCUACUCGAGAAUUCUAAGAAGCAAGAAAAGCAAGUGAUAGGGAUACUUUCUUUUGAAGUGGCUAACGUAAUGUCUAAGGUUGUUCAUUUGCACAAAUCCUUGAGUGACCCUGAGAUAAGCAAGCUCAACAAUGAGAUCUUGAAGUGUGUGGGGAUAAGAACUCUUGUCUCUGGUGAUGAAACCAGGCUAUUAGAACUGGCUUUUGUAGAGAAACUAGAUGAUUUGGACAGGGUUGCUAGUGUGGUUUCUAGGUUGGGGAAGAAAUGCACAAUCCCUGCAUUGCAGGGGUUUGAGCAUGUGUAUGGGGAUAUCACUUCUGGCCUAAUUGAUGUUAGGGAAUUUGGGUUUCUGGUGAAGGAUAUGGAGGGGAUGGUGAAGAAAAUGGAGAGGUAUGUGGGGUCCACUGCAAGCUUGUAUAGAGAAAUGGAGGUUCUGAAUGAAUUGGAGUUGUGUUUGAGGAAGUUCCAGCAGAAUCAACAUGAGGAGACUAGGAAAGCUUAUGAGCAUAAACUGGUUUGGCAGAAACAAGAUGUGAGGCAUUUGAAAGAUGCUUCAUUGUGGAAUCAGAAUUAUGAUAAGGUUGUUGAAAUGCUGGCUAGGACUGUAUGUACAGUUUAUGCCCGGAUCAAUACUGUUUUCGGGGUUAGAAUCGUUAGGAGGGAUUCUCUGAGUGUCUCAAACUCCGGGGCUCAUGAUUUUGAGGAGAAACAUAGUCAGAUAGAUUUGAAAAGAUUGGGUUUGAGCAAGAAGAAUCCCAGUAAUCAUUCAGGGGUUAUCGGGAGAACGUUAGAGAGGAGGAGGAGCACGAGCUACUUGGCUCAAAGCGGGUUGCAAAGAAGUGAAGGUGGGUUGUUCAGUGCAGAGGAUUUCAAUUUCGCGUGUGGGAUUGGACCCGGGAGGUUAUUUAUGGAAUGUUUAAGUUUGAGUUCUGCUACAAGGCGGGACGAUGAUGAUGAUGAUGAUGAUGAUAAUGAUAAUGAUAAUGAUACUGGCACUGACGAUAGAACCAGCCAGGUUUCUAGAUGUUGCAGUGUUACAAGUGGAACGAGGAGACAAACACCAAAUUCGUCCCGUUUCUUUACUAGAUCCCUAAGUGGCAUUCCUUUCCGGGGUAGUAUGAGUAACAACAAUGCAAGAUUUGGUCCCAAAACUCGGGUAUUGUUCUAUGCUCCUCCAUCAACCGUUGGAGGCUCAGCUCUAUCAUUGCAUUACGCGAAUAUCAUAAUCGUCAUAGAGAAGCUGCUUUGUUACCCGCAUCUCGUUGGUGAGGAAGCUAGGAACGAUCUAUACCUAAUGUUACCCACGAGCAUAAGAAAGGCGUUGAAGACUAACUUGAAGUCUUAUAUGAACGGUUUAGCAAUAUACGAUGCCCCUCUUGCUCAUGGUUGGAAAGAAAGGCUCGAAGGAACCCUCGAGUGGCUUUCCCCGUUGGCACACAACAUGAUUAGGUGGCAAAGCGAGCGUAAUUUCGAGCAGCAGCAGCAGGUUGUCACGAGGGCUAACGUUCUUCUGCUCCAAACGCUGUUCUUUUGUGAUUGCAAAAUGACCGAGGCAGCUAUCUGUGAGUUGCUCGUGGGACUGAACUAUAUAUGCUGGUACGAGCACCAGCAAAACGCUUUGUUGGAUUGCGCGAGCAGUUUUGAUCUCGAGGACUACGUGGAGUGGUGAUUGGAGUCGGAAUCUGUAUGAUAAAUUAGAUGAUAGUUGAAACACAAUGCCAUGAAAAGCUUGGAGUUCUGGAGUAUAUAGUUCCACACUUGCACUUCAUGAAGGCAGUGUGGAUUAUAUAUACUUUCAUGUAUGAAUUAGUACAUUUUCCUUUUAUGUGGUUAUUAAUUAUAAAAGAAUUACUUGUUAAUUUCU